CCCUGGGCCCGUGGUAGCCGCUUCCCCGCCGCUUGGCUGUUGCUAUGGAGACUGCGGCGGCCGCCCGGGCCUGUUUGUUGCGCUUUGGUCCCGGCACAAAGAAGGAGCGGGGGAGCCGGCACCUCUCGCAGCCGCGGGGCGGCGGCAGCUUAUUACUUACCUUCAGAUGAUCAGUUUGCAUGUGGGAUCAGUAUUUUAGGUUUGCUAACAAAUGGAUGAAAGCUUUUCUGAAGAAUCUUGUGGUGGUGGUGAUUACUUAGAGAAUGACUAUCAGAAAAAGAGAAACCUAUCUGUUUCCAGUUCAUCAAAAUAUAUUAGGAAGGCAGUUGAAGAUACACUGUCUACUCCUUCAAAUACUCUGGAUUUGAGUAGGAAAAAACUUCAGCAUCUUACUGAGGAAAUAUACAAAUUACCCAACCUUAAACAUUUGCAUCUGGAAGGAAAUGCUUUAGCCAUAAUUCCUAAGGAUUUAUUUCAGCAGCUGCCAAAUCUUGUUUGGCUGGAUCUCCGGCAUAACAAAAUUAAAACUCUUCCCCCUGGAAUUGGAUGUCACAAGCAAUUGAAAACGUUACUUUUAGAAAAAAAUCCUAUAAAAAGGCUGCCAGUGGAGCUUGGUAACUUAACUUCACUGACAGCAUUGAAUCUAAGGCAUUGCCCUCUGGAGUUUCCACCUAAAGAUGUUGUACAGAGAGGACUGCAGUCCAUUCUGUGCUUUCUCCGGAAUGUUGGUAAUAGAAAACUUGUCAAUUUAGAGCCAGAUACUCAAGAAAUGCCACCUGUUGAAAAGUUAAAUUUAACUGAGUUGAUGAAAUCCAGUUUGGAUUUGUCAGAUGAGUGGCCGAAUGAAGAAGAAAUGCUACGAUUUCAGAAGCUGAGGGAGGAAAUGGUAAAAGAUGAAAAGGAAGAAUUUCUUGCUAACCAGGAUUUAAAUCCUAAAGCCACUAUGCAGGAGUUUGCUGAGUUCAGAAAAAACGGCAGAAAGAAAGAGAGGCUCUACCACAAGUCAGCAACUCUUUCCAGGAAGAAGUUCUCACAGAAGAAUACAUUUUCUGAGUUUCAAUCAUAUGAUAAGAUGAUUCAAGCAAAACGAGCUGAAGAGUUCAGAUUGGCUGUGCAAAAGGAACUGAAAGAGACGCAGGCUUUAAUUGAACAGCACAGAAAAGAUAAAGAAGUGCUUCAGGAAUGGAGACAGCGUGCCAAGAUGAUGAAGGAGAAGAAAGAAGUAUUGUUCAAUUAUUCACCUACAAGAGCAGACAUGAUAUCAAAAAGUGCACCAUAUGCUACUGAUAACAUCAAUUAUCACAACACGAGAGAAGGAUGUGAAAACCUAAAGAAACGCACGCCUGAAAAAAGUGAACAUGUGAGAAGAAUGUUGAAAGUAAAUUCUAUAAGAAAUGCUGAAGCUGCAAGACCCUUCAGAGUAAAAGAAUUGGAACAACGCAUCAAACAACAUACACAAAUGAUGAAAGAAAGAAGAAAAAAGUCAAAAGGGACACCCCAAGAGGAAAUGCAGAGAGCAAAACAAGACUUUGAAAUUGCUGAAAAGCUUCAGGCUGAGCUAGCACAAGUCAAACAAGAACUUCAGCAGGAGUAUCGGUUUACUGCCUUCACAGGCGAGCCUGUUCCUGAUUCACCGAGAAUGCAGCCUCAGAAUAUCUUUUCUACCAUGAAAUUUUAAUUGCCUGAAAUUCUUUCAAGAACAUUUGUCUUACAGUAUCCAUCUGUAUUGGAAAGCUCCUUUUCAGUAGGCUUUAGAAGUGCUCCUUUUAUUACCUAUUUUUGUUGAUUGUGUUUAACAAAGUUUUAAAUUAGAAUGAUAAUAAAUCAUUCUAUCUUGCCCACUCAACUAACAUAAUUUCAGUAGAUUUAUAGUUACACGGUUAUAAAGUGUUUUGGGUGUUAUAUUGUGUUUCUUUUACUAUUUCUUUUUGACCUUCUUAAGAUCCCAUUCUGCAAUUUUUACUCAAACAAACCGCCUGUUGAAAUAUGCUUCAGUUUAAGUUUUGCCUAGGUGGGAAUUGCAGAAUGUAUCCUUUACAUUGUACAUUAUUUGAGGCAAGAAACUUUUUUUAUUUGUAUGUUUAUGAAGUUAAAAUACCAUGACCACCUACAGUGCUAUAUAAAUGAAUAAUGUAAAGAAUAAUGUAUCCCCAACUACGCACUAUAUCUUAAGGCUGCAUCAGGGGAUUCUGGUGUCAUAGCCACCACAUGAGUAAUUGUUAUAGUGCAGCUCUGCUAUCUAAGGAUACUUUUCAAAUGCAGGAAGAUCCUGGGCACUAGAAAUAUGAUUGUUUGUUUAUUUUUCUUCAAUGAAUAAAACAUUUAAGCAUUUUAUUUUCAACUUUCUUUCCCCUAGGUGGCAUCACUUUCUGUCUCCAGCACAAUGAUAUAGGGCUUGGAUCCUGUUUGCAGACAGUGGGAGCUAACAGCUCCAAAAGUGAUCAGCUGCAGCUGGAGGGAAUGUGCUGCCUGCUGCCCUCUAGUCCAGGAAGGAGAUCCAGAUGUUGGCAAGGCAAGGGAACCACUGAAGGAAGCAGGAGAAGGAGAAGUGUUGGGAAUAUUCUGCUAUAGCUAGUGACCCCCCUCUUCCCUCUCCCCCCCUCUCCCCAUUUGAAUGAGUGGAGAGGAGACAGGAAAAGACUGGAGGAAAGACUUCUAAAAGAGCAUUGUAGCCAGGAAUAGAAAGCAGCUGAGCAGGAAGCCAAGAGUAUAGCAAGAGAUUUGGGGAGAAGAGCACUUCUGUAUGGGAGAUAGGUGGGAUAGUGAUUGGGAUAGGGAGGACAAGGGACAACCAAACAAGCCAGCUGUAGAGAGGUGAGGAAGAAGGGAGUGGGGCUGGAGUCAGUCCUUUUGAAGGGAUCUAUUAUCAAUCAAUUCCUUCCCCAAUCUCCCAGCAGUUGUGUCUGUAGUACCCCAGCAAAUUCCUCUAAGUAGCUCCCUUGCUUUGUCAGGGUCUGGAUCACCCUGCUAGUGAAGGGGAAGCAAGUGACAGAUUAUCUCAGGCUGCUGCUAAAUGCCUUCAGAGCUGUCAUCCUCUGAAAUCGAAUCCCUUCAAUAUCAGGCUGCAGCCAGAAAGUGGGGCCUCCCAAAGGAGAGAAAGAGAAAAGGUAAAAAUAAAACACUUGAGCCUGAAUCACCACAGUGUGACACCAAUUGUAUAGGAGUGUUACUCCAUUGAAAUCUGUGGAGUUACCUAGAUGUAACACUGGAGUCACGCACUAGUGUAUGAAGACCUUCUGCCUUUCUUUUCAAAGCAAAAUCCCCAUUAUUUAUUGUACUAAUGCCCAGGAGUCUCCUAAAUGUAGAAGUCUUUAGUAUUUAAAAUGGUGCUAAUGACCCUUUAAUAUCACGAGAACCCCAGAAGGAAACAGUGGAUAAUUUCUGAACAUUAUGUCUGUUAUUUCAUUUUAUAUAUUGAAAUACAAGUCUUCCCUCCCUGUCUGGUCUUUGGCUUCUCCCCUCUCAGCCUCCUCUCCUCGUUUCUGGAGUCAUUUGUCUUUCCGCUGCACUCCAUGCCUCUCUGAGGUUUUUCACCUUUCUCCAGCUUGAGGGUGUAAAUUUAAAACUUACCUGAACUCCAAAUGUUUGUGAUUACAGUUUGAUUGAAAUAUGGCCUGCUACUGGGGCACAAAAUCAGGGUCAUGAAACAGCUCUCUGGUGGCAGGAAGCGGUGCUAGAUGGGGAAGAGUUGAAUUCACGGUUGGUGGGAGGAGUGGUUCCUGUGGGGAAAAUGAGGUGCAAACCUGUGGGGUAUCCUGUAGAGGAAUUUUUUUUCGAGGAAGAGGAUGGAGAGGACAGAGAGGAAAGGGUUGCUAGCAAACAGAAUCCAGGAGUGGCUGGUAUUGCUGGUACUUCAGAAUAUGUGGCCCAGUUUGAUCAUGUCUUAAUCUGCUCCUGGAUACAUAUAGUUUUACGUGUUCGUAUUUUGGAAUCAAAUACUGAUUAAUAAUAAGGAUUCAAUACCUACUGAGUCAAGUUCUGCUCUCACACAAGUGUACAGUCCAGAGUAACUCCCUUAGGGUAUGUCUACACUACCUGCUGGGUCGGCGGGCAGCAAUCGAUCCAGUGGAGGUCGAUUUAUCGCAUCCAGUCUAGAUGAAAUAAAUCGACCCCGGUGCUCUCCCUUCGACUCCUGUAUUCCUCCACCAUGAGAGGCACAGGUGGAGUUGACAAGGGAGCGGCAGCAGUCGACUCACCGUAGUGAAGACACUGCAGUGAACAGGUCUAAGUACAUUGACUUCAACUACGUUAUUCACGUAGCUGAAGUUGCGUAACUUAGAUCGAUCCCCCUGCAGUGUAGACCAGGGCUUAGUUUUAAUGGAAUGUCUCUGGAUUGGCGCUGUUGGAAAUGAGAUUGCAAUUUGGCCCAUUUUUUUGUAUGACUGCUAACACUGUAAAAUGUUGUUUAAUCAUUCUGUUCACUGUUUCCAUAUAUACUAAAUGUGUAGCAAUGUACAGUUAGCCGUUAAAAACGCUAACAUUGAAGAGAAAAUACAAAGCACUUGUAUACUAAUCACUUAAAUAUAAAGUGAUCAUAUAAAGUCAACACAAUUAUUUUUACCUGAGCACUAGUUAUUUUUAAAUUCAAGACUAUUAUUAAAAUAAGAGUUUGGGUCUGGCCAGAUUAUUUAAAUGGCUAGUUUACUGUUGUUGUAAAAUCUGCAUUGUAAGCUGUUUUGCUCAGUGCAGCAUACAUUUGCCUCUGCACCCAGUCACUAUUUUGGCUGGUGCAAAGGUGGGAAAAGGCCACAGCUCCACCAUCAUUCUGCCUUUCCCUGCCUUCUCUGAAGAUGCUAGCACCAGUUGUGACACUGGCUACUGCCAAGCACAAUACCAGCACUCCCCUUGUGCAAAUGGGGAAAACCCCUUGUGCCCUCUUUCCACUCUGCACAGUCUUAAUUUGCACAAACAUUAUGGGCCAAAUUUGUCUCUUGUUUGUCCAUCUUUUUAAUAGAAAUGUCACUCAAUCUACUGUCAGUUGCAUUGAUGUAGAUUCAGUGUAAAUAAAGUCCAUAGAGUUGCUUUGAAUGUACAUGAGUGGAACUGAAAGUAGAGGUGGUUUUUUUUAUCAUUUGUUUGAAAGCUUGGAUUUUAUAAAAAGGGGACAAAAGAAUAAAAUAUCUUGCUACUUGAAACUUAUGUUUCCUCUGCAUCAAAUUUCAGUGAGAUAACAUCAGCAUUGUUUAAUUUAUAGUCUCUUACUUUUGUUGUCCCAGGAAUUAUGUAAAUAUCAAGUCUUGUAAGUAGACUUCCAGUGAAUGUGGAACGUCUUGCUUUCAAUGAUACUUCAGAAGGUUGUUUUCCUUCUGCAGUUCACUCUGGAUUUCUCUGUCCUUGAUAGUGUCAAUAUUCUUCUUUAUGUUUUCACAUUGCUCUCAAUGUAUUUUCAAGGUUCUGAAGAUCAACAGGAAAGUCAAGGCUGAUUGUCUGAAAUCUAUAAACUGUCCUCUAGGUACUAUGGUUAGCACAUAAAGUGGUUUCCACACUAAAUAAAUACCAGGUCAAUGCCAUUUUUUUCAAUUUUUCAAUUUUAAAUUUUGCCAUUUAAAUUAACAGAGAAGAACCUUGAGCAGUGAAGGUAAACUUUUGCUACUUUAUUUGGGCAAGUCUCUACAUGAAACUGCCCUUAAUCUUUAAAAAGUGAAAGUCAGAGCCCUAUUCUGCAGUCCUCAGUGAAGCAAAGUUCUCAUUGCCUUCAAAGAAACUUUAUUAUGAGCAUACUUUCAACUGUGUAGAUUAGGUCUAAAUGUGAUCUUGAAUAAACUGGUAUGAGCUUAUUAAAAGUAUACCUAAUAUUUGUAAAGGGUGAUCAAUAGUUCAGACAAGUCUUACUUCAGUGGGUACUUUUCAAAAUUUAGAAAAAUGUAAGGUAAAUAUAGAAUUGAAAAUAACAGAAUUAUGAGAGUGUAGAGUUUGAUUAACACCAAAUGUGGGGGUGAACUGCCUUUUGAGAAGUUCUUGCUCAUAUCCAACAUGCAGAUGCAAGCCAUCAUGGGAGUGAGGAAGUCCAGAGUCUAAUUCUGGCUCUGUCACCAACUUGCUAUGUGUUACUUUGCAGCCACUUCUCUCUAUAAAUGGAGAUAGCUGUACUUAUCUACCACAAGGUGUGGUGAGGAUAAACAAAUGUUUCUAUUAUUCUUUCAAUAUGUAAAACCCUAUAGCAUUGAUUACUAAUAGAUUGUACAGAGUUAGAGUGAUUGACAAAUUUGGAUUAGGGAAAAAAACUUCUCUUUAGGGCACAUUUAAGAAAGGAACUUAGCUUCGUCUUUUGUUUGUUUGUUUGUUUGCCGUCCCCCUUCUUUGAAGCACUGAGCCAGGAUCACAAAUUAGGUGCAAAAUGACAUGUCUCACAAGAUCUAUUUCUUACAUUUUCAGGUGGACUGGUGUAGGUGGACUUUAGGCAUUCUUGCCUUGCAUGUUAUGUGCAGCUUAAAAGGCUUUAAAAGUUAUCAAAGAGAGGUUUGUCUUGCGUGGUUCUCUUCUGGAUCAAUAACUCUGAUUAAUGGGAGGUAGAGACUCAGCAGUGUUUUUCAUUUGAUUUUGAACAAAUAUAAAUGAGAUUAUUUAUUGCUGUGUGGGUUCUAUUUGUAUCUUCUCUGACAUUUUCUGCUUAAACAGAAGUGAAUUCAUAUUCUCUUAUUCCCUUUUCAGGAGUACCAAAUCUCCAAGGGGGAUUGUGGGAAAGAUGUGCUAGCACAAAAAUGAAUCAUGUUCUGUCUUUGUACGGGCAGCAAAGAGUGGUCAGUUCAGGCGGUGAUGAUGGUUAGCAGAGAUGCAGUUUGGUGCACUAAUAACCAUUUUGGACUUGUAAUGCAUUCCUACAAAUUGAAAAAUACUCAUUUCUGGGGAUAUGGCAAAACAGAAGUAGCACCUCUGACAUAAGUGCUGGAACUAGGGAUGCUGUCGUACCCCCUGGCUUGAAGUGGUUCCUUCAUAUACAGGAUUUACAGUUUGGUUCAAUGGCUCUCAGCACCCCCACUAUACAAAUUGUUCCAGCAUCCCUGACCGCUCUCACAAAGAUAAACAAGUACUUAAGGAACCAGACUACACUACACUUUGACUUUCAAGGUCUUUUAUGACUGUGCAUAAAACAAGCUCUGAUCCAUUCAUUAAACCUCUCUUUUUUUUUUUUU